CCACCUCCUCCAUCCUCCCCCCUCCAGGGGAUGGGGCGGGAGUGAUGGAUGAAGGCGUAAACUGGCCGAGCACCGCUGCCCGCCCCGGUCUGGACGCGCCCUCCACCUUCUCCCCUGCAGGGCUUCCUCCUCCUGGGGCUAAGGAAUCACCUGACCGUCCGGAAGACCGUCCGGGCGCCCCCCCAAUUAAAGUGCAUCCGCGGCGCAGACGGGAGGAGGAGGUGGAGGUGGCGCCGGCGCCGGCGGUGCCGAUUGCAUCCCCUACGCCGGUAGCUGGAGUCGGGGCCGGGCAGCCGCCUGCAAAAUGGGCAGCAGGAUUACUUUCUUCGAGGUUGAAAUCCUUGAUUGGAAGACAAAGCAACAAUUAUGCUUUCUGGAAAAGGUUGAGCCAAAUGCUACAAUAAGUGAUAUCAGGCUAAUGUUCCAUAAAUUAUAUCCUCAGUGGUAUCCCUCAAGGCAGUCUAUAAGGCUUGAUCCCAAAGGAAAAUCACUGAGGGAUGAAGAAGCCCUUCAGCUGCUUCCUGUUGGCACAACCGCUACGCUCUAUUUUAAAGAUUUAGGGCCCCAAAUAGGAUGGACAAUGGUAUUCUUGAUAGAAUAUACGGGCCCAUUGUUCAUCUAUUUUGCGUUUUAUUUCCGUAUGCCUUUUAUCUAUGGCCUGGAUGACAGGUUUUCCUCGAGCCGGCACCCCGUAGUUAACUUGGCAUGUAUCUGCCAUUCUUUCCACUACAUCAAAAGGUUGAUUGAAACAAUAUUUGUUCAUCGGUUCUCCCAUGGGACUAUGCCACUGAGGAAUAUUGUUAAGAAUUGUUUCUAUUACUGGGGAUUCGCUGCCUGGCUUGCUUAUUAUAUCAACCAUCCUCUUUACACACCGCCCUCUUAUGGACAAAAGCAGGUCAACCUCGCUUUGAUCAUGUUCCUGACAUGUGAAGCUGGAAACUUUUCUAUCCAUGUUGCACUUAGUAAUUUGAGAAGAGAUGGUAAAAGAUCCAAGACCAGUAAGAUCCCUUAUCCGACGAAGAAUCCUUUCACAUGGCUGUUUUAUUUUGUGUCCUGCCCUAACUAUACCUAUGAGCUGGGGACAUGGAUUGGUUUUACUAUCAUGACUCAAUGCGUUCCAGGUAAGCAGAUGAAGAAUAAAGUAUAUCCGAAGAGAAAAGGAAGAAAGUGUCAAGAGAAAAAAGGAGUAAAAUCAUGGGAGCCCAAGGAAACUGUGACUAUCUUCAUCAAAGGUAGGGACGAAAACUUCCUAAAUCUCCAUCCCUGUCUUCGUCAAAGGGUCAUAGUCCAACCAGUGGUCCCAUACUGCCAAAAGGAAACAUGGAGGUUGGUUCUCAAGUUACUCUUCACAUAUAUCAGAAUACAAGGAAAUGUGGAAAAUAUUUUUCCAUAUUGUGUGUUCAAUGCAUUUUAAGAAGGCUCUGCAAAUUAGAUCAAUAAAUGAGUAAGACAUUGUUACAAAGUUUUAAGAACUUAAUGCUAUCAGCAAAGGGACUUUGACUGUUUCUUGAUGAAGUUUAUUUCUCUAAAAAUGUAUAUAAAUUUUUGCAACAAUUUGUAAAGAGAAUAUGCAAUAAAUU